CGACUGAAAAAACGCUUUCACUUUUAAUAACGAAAAAAAAUUACUGAAAAUCAGUUGUAUACUUAUAAAAAUUGAUACAAGUGUUCAAAGAUGACAAACGACAAGGAGAAGACGAUACGUGUGGGCUCCAGAAAAAGUGAAUUAGCACUCAUUCAGACAAAGCAUGUCAUUGCACGCUUACAAAAACUCUAUCCCAAAAAGAAAUUCGAGAUCCAUACCAUGUCUACAAUAGGCGAUCGUGUACUAAACAUAUCACUGCCGAAGAUCGGUGAGAAAAGUCUGUUUACACGUGAUCUCGAGGAUGCGCUACGCAAUGGUGGUGUCGAUUUUGUGGUGCACUCUUUGAAGGAUCUACCCACUGCGCUGCCUACAGGAAUGGCAAUUGGUGCUGUAUUGGAGCGAGAAGAUGCUAGAGACGCUUUGGUGUUGCGCGAAAAUUACAAAGGCCAUACCAUUGAAACAUUGCCAGAAGGAAGUGUGAUAGGCACUUCUUCAUUACGUCGCACCGCUCAAAUACGCCGGCAGUAUCCUAAUCUCAUAGUUUGCGAUAUACGUGGCAAUCUGAAUACACGUUUAGCCAAAUUGGAUGCAUCGAAUUCCAAAUUUGCUGGCAUAAUACUCGCACAAGCUGGUCUUGUGCGUAUGGGUUGGGAGAACCGCAUCAGCCAAGUAUUGGAACCAACUGAUUUGCUUUACGCCGUUGGCCAAGGUGCAUUGGCCGUUGAGUGUCGUGCCAAUGAUGAGGAGGUACUCUCCAUGUUGCGUAGUUUAAUGUGUUUGUCCACAACUUGUCGCAUAUUGGCCGAACGUAGUUUCCUUAAAACUUUAGGUGGCGGUUGUAGCGCACCUGUUGCUGUUUGGAGUAAUCUCGACGGCGAUUUAACUGAGGCAAAUCAAAAUAAUUGCAAAAGUGCACUGUCAUUAAUAGGGGCGGUAUGGAGUUUGGAUGGCACAACGGAAAUACGUGAUAAGAAAGCAUGCAACUUUAUCGUGGAGGUAACGAAGAGGAAAGCGAAUGAUGACAAUGCUAAUUUGCUUGAGAACAACGAAGAUGAUGAUAGUGGCGAUCAACCGCCUACUAAACGACGGCGCAGCAAUGAUUCCAGCAGUCCGGAACUUCAACAUAGCCCGCCAGUUAUUAACGAUGAUGCUGAAGUGGAAAAGCUUACUGCCUCCUACAGUAUGGGCGAUAUUAUUGAGAAGCAUAUAAGUUUAGCCAAACAUUGUCCCGUGAUUAGCGCUGAUUUACAAAAAAUUGACGCUAUCAACAACACGGAUAAUGGCAAUGAAAAUGUGGAUUCUCGCGCUGGUGGCGAUUCGAAUAUGAACAAUCCACAUUGUCCUUUAAAAAUGAAUGUGGGGCAAGAUUUCAUGGGUGAAUGUCCAUUCGUGAGUACAGAAGAGAAAAUCGCAUUGGCUACUGCUGGCAAAUGUCCCGUUACCAAUGAACUCAUCCACAAGCAGAAUGAUGAAACUGACAAUGCGAUGCUUGCGGCAGUGCCAUCUACCUCAAAAUGCCCGUUCGCCAGCAUGCAUAGCAAUGCAAAUGGCAACGAAUACUCAAGCAGCGCACCGGAAGCUGCAGCGGGCAAAUGUCCGUUUCUACAAAAAACCGUAAAGAUGUUCGAUUAUGCAGAUGAGGAAAAGCCACAGCCAAAAUCGGUGCCGGUGCUGAUCGAAGAUGUGGAUAAUCUUUACUGCGGUCUAUAUCAGCAUUCGUGUUACAAUCGCGAAUUGUAUAUUCGUAGUAAUGCCUUGGGUCAGCAACUGGCUGAGGAAUUGAUCAAAAAGGGUGCCUUAGAUGUUAUGCAGUGCGCACAAGCGGAAAUACAUAGCAAAGCAUGAAAAUAAAUUGGAUAUAUGAGGCAGUUGAAUAGGGUCUCAUAUUUACACUACAAAUUAGCAAUAUUAUUAAUUAAAUUAGAUUUUAGUUUAGUUUGCCGUCAAACCAUGACUAGUACGAUGUAAAACAUCCAUUCAUUUUUGGUUAAACUACUUUUUCCUGCCACUAAUUGGCGCUGAAAAAAAAAUACUUUAUCAGAGGUAUAAAGUGGGUUUUAGCUACUUUUUCUGCUUGAUUCAUAUUGUUAGAUUGUUUAUAUUUAUGUAAUUAUUUGCUGUGCGCUUAUUAAGUGUAAAUUCAUUAUUUAUUCACGCAUGCAAAUUAUAUUUCAGAGCAUAGAGAAAGGGAGCUAGCUAUAUAGCGGUGGCAUGUUUUUUUGUUAAACAUAUCUAUUACCUUUUACAUAUACACAUGUAUAUCAUUGAUUGGAAAAUUAUAUUGACCA